AUGUCCUUCCUUACCGGAGCCAUCCGAACCGCCGCCGUCAGCACCUCGGCCCGUGCUGCCCUUCUCGGCCGUGCCGCUCCUGUUGCUUUCUCUCAGCAGGUCCGUGGCUACGCCGCCCACCACGAAGAAGAGUCGUUCGACGCCUUCAACUCCCGAUACGUCGGAUUCUUUGAUGCUGUCGAGGACCUUUUCGAGCUUCAGCGUGGACUUAACAACUGCUUUGCUUACGACUUGGUCCCCUCGCCCGAAGUGAUCGAGGCGGCUCUUCGUGCCAGUCGUCGUGUCAACGACUACUCGACCGCCGUUCGCAUUUUCGAAGGUAUCAAGCAGAAGGUCGAAAAUGAGAACCAAUACAAGCAGUACGUCGAGGCUCUUAAAGGCGUUCGUGAGGAAUUGGGCAUUAAGCUCAAGGAGGAGAUGUACUCGUCAUAA